AUGGCAUCCCUCCGCCCCCUCCGCACCACCUCCGCCCUCCGCACCCUCUCCCAAUCUACCAAGCCAUCUCCCUACGUCUGCCGCCGCAUAACCACCACCCCCAACCUCCAGCACAACACAACCGUCGACCCUUCCGAAGUAACCCACUUCAACGCCCUCGCCUCCACAUGGUGGGACCCCCACGGCUCCUCGCGCCUCCUCCACCUCAUGAACCCCCUCCGCCACACCUUCAUCUCGCGCUGCCACUCCUCGCAACCCGACGCCCCUCCAACCAAUCACAAACUCAGCUAUCUAGACGUUGGCUGCGGUGGCGGCAUCUUCGCCGAGAGCGCCGCACGGCUUAGAGGAACGGGUAGUGUCACGGCCAUUGAUCCGAGCCCCGAGGUCCUGAGCGUCGCGAAGGCGCACGCGAAACGGGAUCCAGGGCUCGUAGAGAUGAUGGGGGAGGGGCGGCUGAAAUACCUCAACACGUCUAUCGAAGAGCUGCCGCUCCCUGGCACACAGCGGGGCCGGCAAUACGACAUCGUGACGCUGUUCGAGGUGCUAGAGCACGUGACGCACCCCUCCCCGUUCCUGGAGCACCUGCUCCCGUUCGUGAAGCCGGGCGGCUGGCUGGUGCUGAGCACGAUUGCGCGGACGUGGACGAGUUGGCUCACGACGAAGGUGGUGGCCGAGGAGGUGGUGGGGAUUGUGCCGCGCGGGACGCAUGAUUGGAACAAGUAUAUUAACGAGGGGGAGUUGAGGGAGUGGUUUGGGAACAAGGAGGGGUGGGGAAAUGUGAGGGCGAUGGGGGUUGUGUAUGUGCCGGGGCUGGGGUGGAGGGAGGUGCCGGGGAGUGAGGGGCUGGGGAAUUAUUUCUUUGGGGUGAGGAGGGAGGGGGAGGGGAAAGGGGUGUGA